AUGAAUUUAAAUCCAGAAGAGAAACCAUUCCCUAUAUUGAAACUUCCGUUCCUUCCGUUGAGUAAUGUAUUACACAAUUUCGAUUAUUUGGAAAUGCUUGAUUUCUCGUUUGUUUCGAAAAAAUGUCAGUUCGUAAUUCAGCUCAUAAAAUUCGCCGAUUUUGAAAUAUGUUUAAACUUCCAACGCAAUCGAAGUCCUAAAAAACUCUUAGCUAUUAUAUUCUAUCGGAGAAAAAAAUGCAUCUUUGAAUUCUCCAUUGAUGAAUUGAAUAACAGAAAAAAGUAUUUGAAACGGAAAGAUGAAUCAACAGAAAUUAUGGAUGAUAAACAUAUGAUUUGGAUUGAUAGUGCGAAAGAAUGGACCGACUACAUAUGUGGAUUAUUCCGGAUGGAACUCAACUAUAUUUAUCUGCCGUCGGAUGGAUCAAUGCAAGAAAUGUCAGACCUUUCUGAGUGGAUCAACAAUCGAAAGAAUGAAAUAGAUUACUGUGAAUUCCGUGGUGAUGAUACUAAUAGUGAUAGUAUCGAACUAUUCUUCAAGAAAGCAGAAUUCUCUAUUCAUAAUUUAUCAUUCGGACUGGAACAACCCUAUUUAAGAAAGCCAUUGCCAUUUGAGGCUCUGGAUCUAACAGAAGUUUAUUUAUCUAGUAAAACUUGGGAGAAACCAGUCACGUGGAUUACUGUAAACGAUGUUAUUAACUUUAAAUAUAGAAGAAUAGUGAUGGGUGUGUGUCAAUUCAAUGAGAAUGAUAUAAAUCGGAUAAUAAGAAGUUGGCUCGAUGGGAACAAUCCUCAAAUGGAGUUCUUCACUGUUGCUUUGAAACCACUCAACUUCGAUUUAGUACUGGACGGAAUCGAGUUCGAAAAGAAGGAUAGAAUGGACAAAAUAAUGUUCGUAUAUGACUUCAUGGGAAGAGAAGAAUGUCAUAUAUUCGAAGGAGGAUUCGAUAUCCGAAGGGAAGAUGGAACUCUCGCCACAAUUCAACAAAUAAGACGUUUUUGGUCUGACACUUCAAAGUUGUGGUUCGCAAUGGCGGUGUGGCCAUAUAACAAGUUCCCAUAUAAAGGACAAAAACGUUUAGAUCUCUGA